UUUCAUAAAUUUCACACAGACAUUUAACAAUUAUAAUUCAGACGCAGAUUGGAGAGAAGUUCGAAAACAAAACAAAUUGUAGAUAGACCAAUAAUUGGUUGCCUUGGCAAUUGUUUAAUGCCGGUAAUCGUAGCCAUUGGCAACCAAUCGCCGGCAAUUGCAACAUCAACAACUUUAUCAAUAACCAUUUGGCAAUUUAAAGUGGCAGCAGCAGCAGCAACCACAACAACAACAACAACAACAAUAAUAAUAAUAACAAAAAGAACAAUUGCUGGCAUUGUACAAAUUAUAAUCAAAAUUUUAAAAGCUUGCAAAUAAAUCUACAAAAAUGCCGCCAAAGGGUAAAAAGGGCAAAAAAGGCAAAAAGCUUCCAGUGCUUAUCGAUGGCGUUGACACUUCCUCGAUGACGCGCGAUCAGCUGGAGGCGUUUGCGCUGCGCCUCAAGGCUGAGAUGGAUCGGGAGCGCGAGGAGCGCAAUUACUUUCAAUUGGAGCGCGACAAGAUACGCACUUUUUGGGAGAUAACACGCCAGCAGCUGGAGGAGUCGCGCUUCGAGCUGCAGCAAAAGGACAAAGAGAUUGAGGCCACGCAGGACUUGGCUGACAUCGAUACCAAGCACAUUAUGCAGCAAAUGAAGCAUUUGCAGUUUGAGAAUCAAAACAAACUGGGCGAAGUGCGUGCCGAGGCCAUGACGCAGCUCAAGGUGGCCCAAGAGCAUCAUGUGCUCCAGGAGCUGGAGCUGCAGAACGACAAGCGUCAGCUGCGUCGCAUUGUGCGCGAGCGCAUCGAGAUGAGCGACAUGCAGCAUCGCCAGCUGGAAGCGCAUUUCAAUCAGCAAUUGCUCGAGCAGCGGCUUUUGUUUGAGAGCGAGCGCAAGGACAACGAUCGUCUGCAUGAGGAGAAGAUGAAGGAGCAGCGCGCCAAGCUGGAGCUGUUCUUCAAUGCGCAAAUGUUUGAGGUGGAGGAGCGCAAGAAUCAACAGAUUAAGGAUCUGCAAGAUCAUCACGAUUUGGCCUUCAACGACAUGAAGAACUACUAUAACGAUAUUACACUCAACAAUCUGGCGCUGAUUGGCAGCAUGAAGGAGCAGAUCGAGCAGCUGCGUCGCCAGGCGGAUCGCAGCGAUCGCAUUGCCGCCGAGGCCAGCAGCGAGACGCGUCGUCUGCGCGAGCCCCUGGAGCAUGCCAAGACGCAAAUGAAGGAGCUGCAGCGCAAGCUGGAGUUCUACGAUCGCGACAAGCUGCAGCUGGCGCGUCUCAAGAAGAGCAACGUCAUACUCGAGAAGAAGGUGAAGAGUCUGAUGUGGGAGUCGGAGACUCUGCUGCUGCGUAACGAUGCCCUCGUUGCCGAGCGUGGCAACCUCAAGGCACGCUUCAACGAGGUGAUCGUUGAGCUGCAACAGAAGACCGGACUCAAGAACGUGCUGCUCGAGCGUAAGAUUGCCGCCCUAAUGCGCGAGGAUGAGAAGCGCCAGAUCAUAAUGCGCAAGACGAUUGCCACCUGUGCGCCCGAGUUCGCUGACAAGCUGCAGAACGUAGAGAAGACAGUUAGCGAUGUGGUGGACACAAAGAAUCAAACAAUCAUCGAUCUGCGCUACGAGCUGGCCAAGGCCUGGAAGGCACACGACGAUCUGCUCGAGACCUACGAGUGCAAGCUCAAGCAAUACGGCAUACCCACUGACGAGUUGGGCUUCGAGCCUCAUCGCGAUCGCGAUCACCAGCAGCUUUAUAUCUGUGGACCCGCUGGCAUUGUUACCGACAACAAGUGAUGAUGAUCAGGUUGCCCAAAUGAGAAAAGACUGUUUAACACUUGAAGUUCAUGUUCGUUUAUUCGACUUUAUGUUCUGUAUGCAUACAUGACAUACAUAUAAAUACUUGUGUAUGUGUGUGUGUAUAUGUGUCACCAUAUAGCAAUGAAAAUGUAUAAAAAAAAGGCUUAAAAAAUUAUAGUAAAAAAAAGAAUUGUAAAGAAAUCUGAUGACAGUUUACGAUAUUCCAGUUACGUAUUAUCGUUUGCUUUUCGCUAAACUAACGUAUUAGCGUUAAAUUUUGUAACUUAUCACCAGUUAAUAUAUUUUAAUGAUAUUCAAUUUAGUUCAUUUUUAGCGCAUAAACGCUUUUGGCUUAAAAUAUC